UAUUAUGAUCUUCUUGUUCUCCUCAUCAAUUUUCUUUGAAGUACCGUGAUCAGUUUAGUCUCUCUCUCUCUCUAUAUAACCUUUACUUACAUAUAUAAAUACACUCUACUCUCUCUCUCUCUUUCUCACCCCUCCCCCCCGGGAUUCUUGCAUUUCUUGGAGAAAAUGAAGGAGAAUAUGAGAAACCCUUUACAAUUAUCAUCUUUGAAUCAUAUUUCUAUGGUGUGUAAAUCAGUUGAGGAAUCCACUAACUUUUAUGAAAACAUUCUAGGGUUUGUCCCUGUAAGAAGGCCUGGAUCAUUGAAAUUUGAUGGGUCAUGGCUAUUUGGCCAUGGAAUUGGGAUCCAUUUAUUGCAGUCUGAAGAUCCAGAAAGUUUGACAAAGAAAACCGCCAUUAAUCCAAAGGAUAAUCACAUGUCUUUCCAGUGCGAGAGCAUGGGUAUGGUGGAGAAGAAGCUGACGGAGAUGGGGAUCAACUACGUGCGACAGCGGGUAGAAGAAGGUGGA